AAAGAGAAUGAUUCUGAUUGGUUAAAAGUGGUUCAUUUGGACUCGCCCUUGUCUUCCUUAUCCAGUUGCAGUUGGAGUUAUAGUUGGAGUUUGAGUUUGAGUCUGAGUUGAAGUGCUAUGAAUAAACGUGAAUUGUAUCAUAAUGAUGACGAAGAUGAAGAUGAAGAAGAUGAAGAAGAUGAUGAUGAUGAUGACGAUGGUUAUGUAAGGGAGAGUUGAUAUGAGUGAGAAGAAAGAGUGAGAAGUAUAUUUUGGAAUAAAAUUGAUGAUGAAAAUCCUAUAAAGAUUAUAAUGGACAGUUGAGUUGAUGUAAGAAGCCGAGUUUAAUUCAAGUUUGUUUUGUGUGUUUGGUGAUCAGUGAAUUGUGAUCAGUUGCAAGUGAUCAGUUAAAAGUGAUCAGUUAUUAAUAAUCAAGUGAAUAGGAAACAUUGAAAUUAAAUUAUGAACACAAAUUUUGAUCAUUGUUUCUAUCAAACUGGACCUCAUCAUCAACCAGGACAUGAUCAACAUGCAAUGACUUAUAAAUUUUCUGGAAUAUCAUUAACACCAAGUGCAUAUAAGAAUCAGCACAAUAGUUCAGGUUCAGUGUCAUCUUCACUUGCAUCUGCAUUAACUCCAUCAUUAUCUUCAUCAUCAGCAUUAAGUGAUCAACAACAACAACAACAACAACAACAAGCCCAAACACAAGCUCAAGUUCAUCAUUCACAGACAGCACAAGCACAGCAACAAUCUCAAUCGCAACACAACAACAACAACAACACUAAUCAUCAUCCUCAUCAUCAUCAUCACCACACUAAUCAUCCUAGUAAUAGUUAUGGGAUUGAUAGUUCAGGUAAUCCAACAACAGGAUCAAGUGGAUGUAGUAAACUUUAUGAUCAUUCAUCUCCCGUCUCAGUAGGUCAAAACUCUGUGAAUGUUUCAAAUGCUGUAGGAUCUGCAAGUUCAUCAUCAGUCACAGGUUCAGGUUCAGGGAUUGCAGGUGCUGGGACAGUCAAUAGUGGUUCAAGUGUAGUAAGUGGUUCUAGUGUCCCAAUGAAUGUUUCAGUCCCAGGAGAUCCAAUGAGGUUUGAUGCGGCUGCUUAUUCAAGAUCAGUUUCAGAUGUUUGUGCAGCUUAUUGUCAAUCAUCACAAGCCGUUAUAAGCGCUCCACCAAACUUUUAUCCUUGGAUGACACCAAUAAGUGACGAUUUAGCUGCAGCAGUCCAUCAUCAUCAUCACCAUCACCCAGAGGCAACAUCUUUACUUCAUCACCCUUUCCUGCCCAGCAAUGGAGUUACCCUUGACUGGUCCAGCCCAUCAGCAGUUGCCUUUUCAGCAGCCGCAGCAUCAGCCAAUAACACUAGCCUAUUGUCAGGCUCAAGCACAACCAAUGGACCCAGUGGGUUAGGUGGUGGAAGCUGUACCAAUAGCAGUAGUAGCAAUGGAUUGACACCGAGUCACCUUCACCCUCAUCACCAUUCACACCUUCACCACAGUCAUUCAACGUCAACCUCAUCUCUUCACUCUCACCAUCACCCGCACCACCAUCAUCACCAUCACACUCAUUCACAGCGUAAAAAGCGUAAACCUUACACCAAAUAUCAAACGGUUGAACUGGAAAAAGAGUUUACUGUCAAUACCUAUGUAACCAAACAACGUCGAUUUGAACUGUCCCGAGCUUUAGGACUUUCAGAGAGACAGGUUAAGAUAUGGUUUCAAAAUAGACGGAUGAAGAAGAAAAAGAUCAAUACACGAUCAGAUUCUCAUCAUCACCAUCGUCGUCAUCAUGAAAUAAAAAUUGAAUAAAGUCUAAUACCAAUCAUUUCACCUCAAAUUUUUACCUAAAUGUUUAACUCGAUUUUUUUUGGGUAAACUUUUGACUCUCUUUUAUAGGUUAAUAUUGACAAUAUUUGGUUGAUUAUUCAAUAUCAAAGGUAUAGGUUGAGAUGAAUUGAACAGUUUCAACCCAAAUACACCCUAUAGGCUGGUACACUAUAAGGAUGACGAGGGAGGAAGAUAUGGAUGAGGAUGAAAAGCACAACUAUAAUGUUUACUCCUUUUACUUUCAUCUUUACUUUUCAAGUUUACUGUUUCUCUGUGCUUUUUGUUUCCAUCAU